UUACAAGGCAAAUGGCGUUGUUUAUAGUUUCUCUUGAAUGUUGUGCUUCUUAAACCUUAGUGCUUCGCUUGUGUUAUAACUAUUUCGUCAAUAAAAUCAGGAUAUAAUUGUGUUGUGUGCAGUUACUCCAUUACAGUGCUGUAGCUAUCGAGACGUAUAAUUCAUCUCUAAUAAUCGGGGAGAAUACCAAGUUUACUUUCUAUACGAAACAUUGUACACUUCUUCCGAUUCUAGUGGUAUACAGUUAAUGGUACGUUCUUGAAAAACAGGCAGUUUCUAGAAAAAUGCUGAGUACCCUAAUUUUCGCAGAAAAUCUCGCCUCAUUCGAUGCAGUGAAUAUGGAAUCUGAAUCAAGCAAUAAUAUGGCUGUGUCUGGUAUUGAGAAAGGAAAAGAGUCCGAGGAAAUGAUGGAAGACGAUACGAAUUCUCAAGAACAAAAUUCAUCUUUGGAUAUACCUUUGAUUACUGAUACACCAACCAAUAUUUCAUUUUCUGAUGCACCAGACAACACAUUAUCUCAUACUGCUACGAAUCCCUUGACUUUUGAUACAGAACCCGAUUUCUUGAUUCCUGAUACCCAAAACAAUCCCUCGAUUACUGAUCCACCUACAAAUUCUUCGUUUUCCGAUACACUAACCAAUACUUCAGUUCCUGAUGCACCACCUCAUCUAUCGUUUUCCACUACACAAACCAGUACAAUUAUGUCUGAUACAAUAAACACUGCACCAGUUUCUGAUACUAAUUCAGCUAUUAAAUCUUUCUGUGAAGUUGAAGAAUUGAUAGAGCAGUUGCAUUCUGAUGAACCUUUCAAAGUUGAUGAGAAAAUCCAGCCAGAUGAGACAAAAUCAGAAUGUUCGUCUCCUCCGUCAGUUAAAAAUGGUUCAGUCAAUGAUGAGACCCUACUAACUGAAUCAAGUGAAGGAAUUGGGGAAUUGAACAAUCGCUGUAAAGAGGUUCUAAGAUCAUACAACGGAGUUCGUAAGGAUAAUAAGGAGGAUCUAGGAAGAGGGUUAGAAUUCAUCGAUAGAAACUUGAUGAACAUGAAUUUCAGAGUGUCUGACACUGAAUAUGUAAUAAAGGAGUGUCAAUUGAAUUUUUCUCGUGUGAAAAAAGGGGUUAGGGAGGAUUAUAAUGAAGAAUCUGGUACUAUAGUAAUUACUAAAGAUAAAGUACAGUGUGAUGACGAACGUAUUCAUAAAUUUCUUCAGGAAGGCUUGCGUUCUUACAGAGUGAGGCUAAUGAAGGAACUGAAUACUGAAAGAGAAAUAGAAUAUGUGUCUGUGGGAAGUCCAUCUCCUUCUGAAUCAAGCAAAACUGUAUCCAAACCGCCAAUUAUGGAAACUGUGGUGGAACCACCACAUCAAGCCCCAGCGCUGGCACCAGGAAACGGCAAACUUCUCCAGGUAGCCGUACAGGAGUUACCCUCGCACCUCGUCAAGCAGAUCCAGUACAGAUCCAGGGGACCCAACAAUCAGACUGCCUUGUCCGAUUCGGACUCGGUGGAGAAUCCAACACCAACCAUCAACGGAAUGAAAACCGUUCCUCUCAAGAUUCCCCCGUCAAACAAGAUAGCCGGCCACUUAUUUGUAUCCCUGCAAGUCCAGUCGAACUUCCUGUAUUAUUACUCGAAGGAGAAAACUUUGGAUCAGAUUUUGGCCGCGACCAAUAGUUCCCCCACCAGUUUGGCGUCGGCACUCUUGGCAUCGGAGACUGUCAGACUAGGCCCUCCGAGUAAUUCAUCAGUGCACAGUGGUUCCUCUGUUAUCUCUACCUCGCCGGGGAACAAGAAGCCGAACAGUGUCUCCACUCCCAAUAGGAAUUCUUCGAAGAAAGAUACUUUAUCUUUGAUGGAUUCACCGAUUCUUGGUCGUACUCCAGAGAAGAAGAAGAUUGCCUCUCGGUUCGACGAGUACGAAGACAACAAUGGUUAUAAGAACAGGGGCCAUGUUUGCGAAUGUUGGUGUAGUAAAGUUAUACAGAAGGAGCGAGUAGAAGCUCAGCCGGAGGUUGAAGAGACGAGGGAGAUAAAGACCAUCAACAUAAUGGUGGACUGCGACGAUUGCGGUAAAACGUUCAAGGACGGAACCAAUCACAAAUGUUCAAAAAAGAAGGGAAACAGAUCGGAAGAGAAGGUUCUCGUUUGCGAAAUAUGCCAAAGGACGUUUUCCAGACAGGCUCACUUGUCCAAUCAUAUGAGGUCGCACAAGGACUAUUUGAAGGCUACGGUUAAAUGCGAAUUGUGCAACAGGAGGUUCCAGAAAAAGGGAGAAUUCGCCAAGCACAAGGCGGAAUGCCACCCGGAAACCGUCAAAGAAUACUCCUGCGACGAAUGCGGUCAACUAUUCCAAACCCAAAAAAAACUGACCAUGCACAAAAGGACCCACGAGGCGGAGAGCGAUUCCGAGAUGGACGUGAGAUGCGUCCAUUGCAACGGUAGUUACCCCGUACAUUAUUACAGAACGCGCCACCUGAAAGAAUGCACCGAGAACAACCCGCAGAACAACAACUCCAGGACGAAUGGCUCGAUCGAAGUCACCAUGAGGAAACCAGUGGCUAUAAGGAGCGGGCCCCUCUUGCACGACGAUUCAGAUUCCAGCGAAGACGAUUACAUGGAGGUGCAGAUGCUGGAGGAGCACUGUGUGAAGUUGAACAAAAACACAGGGACCGAUUCGGAGGAAAGCAUAAUGUUGCCCAAAUACAAGGCUCCGAUGACGAAGAAACGAAGGUUUAUGAAUUUGGACGCACCGAGUACGGAUAGCGAGGCGGAUGAGCCCCCAAGGAAAUACUCUGCGCUCAGGAGCAGGCUUAGGGGAACUUCGAGUGGGGAAGAAUCGGAAUAUAUUGGAGAGGAAGAGAUUUAUUAUAUGGAGGAAGACGAAGAAGAAGAUGAGGAUUAUGGACGAAAUAACGUGGAUGUUGAAGAUAUGGCGGAUUACGAAUCUGCAUAGUUUGAACCGUAAUCGGGAUCCUUAGAGAAGAAUUUGUAUUUUUCAGACGGUUUGUACAUAUUCUUGAUUUGGGCUUUCUGAAGAAUGCUGUAAAUAAUCAGUUUUAUGUAAUUAUCGAAUUUUUAUAGAAUUAUCAGUAGAUAAUCCAGUGGAAUAUUUUCUUAUCAAUUUUAAAUUAAAGUUAUUGAAAAUA